AUGGAUUCCUUCAUGGAUGAUGACAGCGACGAUGAAUACUACAUGUUUGCUGGGCUAGGCGACGGUGAGGAUGACGAGAUGGUACAAUCCGAUGACGAUACGCAAUCACCUAACUCUUCUGUUCUUGAUCCGUUCGACUAUGUGUAUAGCAACAUUCCACAAAGCACAAAUGUUCUGAAGCCUGAGCCAGACUGUAAACAUUGUGGUGCCAAGAGGUUCCAAUACGAACCGCCGAGCUUCUGUUUUCGGGAUGGCAAGAUCAAGCUUGUACAAAAUGAAACACCUCUUGAACUGAUGAGGCUUUGGACAAGCUCAGAUCCAGAUGCCAAGCAUUUCCGGGAUAACAUUAGAUACUUCAACGGCCACUUCUCGUUCACUACCCUUGGUGUAAGCCUUGACAAGGCCUUUGCAAACAUGAGUUCGGGCGUGUACAUUUUUCAGGCCCAUGAUUGUAACAGCAGGAUACGAGUCUCUGUAAGGGACUACUACUGCUAUAAGAUGCGUUGCGGGAUUUUCAACUCUAUACUUCACGGUGGACGCUUGUUCCAGCAGUUUGCUGUUGACAUGUACAUCAAGGUUGAGAGCUCCCGUCUAGACUAUGUGAGGAACAACCAGAAGGAGAUAAGGGCUGACCUGUAUCAAGGGUUGAUGGAUAGCAUCUAG